AUGGCCAGGGGAACGAAGCCGUCACCCGGCAGUCCAACAGACUUGCCGCCGUCUGCAGGCAGCAGACCAACCACAUUCUCUUGCACGUUUCCGCUGGACAUCGCCGCACCGUGGCCGCUGGCAAGCAUAGCUGCCAAAGGUGCUACAAACGCAGUGGAGCUUGCAUGUUACUGGUCCAACAGCGUCAGGCCCUACGCUCUUCGGGGCAGCCCUUUCCUUCGGCCUCCGGUGUCCGCCGCGCUUUGGCACUUCGAGCUGCAGCUCCACGAAGGCCACAGCGGCGCAGGCAACCUUGUGAUCCAGACAGCGCUGAAAGGCCACAAGACACGGACUCCGGUUCGUGGCUUGCCUUGGUUUCGUUUGGUGAGUUGUUGGCGGUGA